AAUAAAUAAAAAACAUUCUGGGAUUAGUGCACGCUAGCUAGCUAAUUAGCAAGCCGCUAAAUGAGUAGGACUUAAAUAUUUAAUGUUUCAUCCACACCCUUGUUACAGCGUAGGAAAGCGCAAUGCCAUCGCUGGACGAGUGGCAACUUUGUCCGGCUCAUUUUCUGUAAUCAGUGUACUAAGCAUUGGAAGCAGCUAGCUAGCUAACUAGCCAGCCGCAGCUCCAACUUCAAGUUACGCCCCUCUCUUCCGCAGACAGACCCCAUGUCUUAACUGUCACAAUUAAACAUCAAUUCAAACAACGAGAGACAGAGGACGAAUAAAGCACAGUGUGCAAAGAUAAGUAUUUGGGCUACAGCCGCAUAGAUAAUGUGCUGCUAAUAGAGACAGGUAGCUAGUUGACAGCAGCAACCGCAUGGAGUGACUGCGUUAAGAAAGACAACUCCAAAUCAUUUUUCUUAUUUUAGAGUCCAUGCUAGCCAUUCGAGCAGCUGCAGCGGGCGUCUCUCUAAUAGCUGUGGCCAAAACGAUGACCUCUGUGGCAGCGACGACAUCUGCUGAACCUCCGGGACUGAGCGCGUUAGCCAGCCGGGGUGCACGCACCGGGAGCCCGCGGCAGAGGCUCCAGAAGCUGCUCGCUGUACCCGGAUACGACCCGAGCCGAGUUAACGACCUACUGCUCCUCCGGCCUGACACAGACGGCCAGACUACCGCAGAACUUAAGGAGGAGAGCGGCAACAGACAUGUUGUGUUUUUCCACGGGGACAUUCAGAACUUCGAGGAGGAGAUGGCUCUGCAGCCUGAAGGAGCCCAGUGGCUCUCCUGGAGCCUGGAGCAGGUCGCCCUCACCCUGGGCCGACGGUUCCCGGGCCGGCACGUUUGGGUGGUCAGAGCCGGCCGCAUGUAUCUCCACAAGUUCAGCAGCUACCACAACUUUGUGGAGAGCAACAUGUUCGGGGCCCCGGAGCACUCGCCAUACUCGCCUGACUCCGGAGCGUUUCUCCAGCUCAGGGCCCUGCUGAGCCACGGCAUGGAGCGAGCCAACCUACCGAACCCCCCUCGGCCACAGGGAGGCGCUGACGGCCCCCCCUCAGGGUUCUCCCUGACCCUGGUGGGCUUCAGCAAAGGCUGCGUGGUGCUGAACCAGAUGGUGUACGAGCUGGCCGGGGCCCGAGCGGACCUGCAGAUGUCGCACUUCGUCGAGGGCGUCUCGGACAUGUACUGGCUGGACGGCGGGCACCCGGGAGGCAGCGAGACCUGGGUGACCAACCAGCAGGUGCUGAAGGAGCUCGCCACCAGUGGGGUGUCGGUCCACGCCCACGUGACCCCUUACGAGGUGUGCGACCCCAUGCGGGCGUGGGUGGGCCGCGAGCACGGACAUUUUAUCAAGACCCUGGAGGAGUUCGGGGCCCGUCCGAGUAAGAAUCUGCACUUUGAGGAUGAGUCCCCCUCCAUCGAGAACCACUUCAGGGUCAUCCAGGAGUUUUGAGUUUGCUUGUGAGCGCUUACAUGCAGAUUCAGUCGUAUUUGCUGCUCUUACCUCAUUUUUCUUUGAUUUAAGGGCUCAGACCUGAGAGCAUGUGAGCGAUGCUGGUGUGUUGUACCUUUCACAGCUCAAUGCACUUGACCCGACCCGUUUGAAUGAUCCGGGAGCUUUUUCCCUGCUCCCUGUAGCGCCGAGUAGGAAUAUGCAGGUGUGAGAAUGGUCUUCCUUCUUAACUCUUCAGGCUAAAUGUGAGCGUUUACAUUUGAUUCUGGCUCAAGCUACGAGCUGCUUGCAGAGCUGUCCAUUCAGAAACAUGAAUGAUUCAUGUUCAGUUGGAUUUUGCUCAUGAGAGAAUUCCUCUUAGUUUAAUUAAGGACUUAUUUUAAUUUCCGGUAUGAUUCAUAAUUGAACCUAAAGGUGCAAUGUGUAAGAUGUGGCCAGAAUUUUAGAUUAAAACACUCCAAAAAUGAACUAAUACUCCACAGAAUGAGAAGAGGUCAAAGACGUCUUCUGCAUGGUGUUGCAGAGAUAUCUACUGAAAUGAGCAUGCUAGCCAGCUGAUCUUCUGGCCUCUCAAAGUGCUUUAACCCUACAUGUUCAUUCACACACUUCAGUAGCAGCUAGCAUUCAGCCAGCACUAAACCCCGGCACACAGGGGUCACAGCGGUCUGGUGGAGCGCUGGGUCUAAUCUUUGUGACGGCAGCAACAGAGAGUUUGCUGACCGAGCAGGGAGUCAUGGUGGUCCCUCGCUGGCUGUAUUCCAUCUGCUGAAGCUAACCACUGACUGGAAGGUCCGUCUACCGGAGAAGUGAGAGGGCCAAACAAAAGAGUUGUUUUCUUGUUUCUGCCACUUUGGAUUCAAUCCAACAAAGAAUCUAUCAAAGCUAAAUGAAGCGUACAGCCCCGGUCAGUGUCAGUGUUUCCCUGCUGUUAGCUUUAGAAUGAAUCACUGUACAUGUAGAGUGUAUGGAACCAGUGGUAGAGGUGAAAUGCUGCCCCCUUUUCUUUUGGAGCAGGUUGCCAGGUUCUACACAUUGCACCUUUUUUAAAGGCUAUUUGGCUGAAGCAGAACAGCAUAUUACGUUGUGUUGAUACCGGCACUUGUUUUAGACGCGUGAAUGUCUGAACUUGACUCUAGAGAGUCGGGUUCAGACUUCAUCAGUUGGUCUCUCAGUAGUGAUUCUUUGUUGUAUUCAAAUGUUUACUCAAGAGUUCCAUUGUCAUUCCUUCAGUUUGAUCCCAAUAGUGGAUCGUCCAAUCAUUUAUAAGAGCUUUUUGUUGUAAAUGUCACACAGCUGCACUCUUUGGGGGAAAAAGAACAGUUAACACAAUCUAACCUCCAGGUCCAUCGAGUAGCUGCUCUGGAGCUUUCAGUCCCAUCACAUGGUCUUUGCAUUUAAGUCCAUCCGCUGAUGGUCAUGUGGACCUCGAGGAGACAUUUUGUCAACUGCUGUUUUCAAGUUAAUGUUUCAAUGUAACGCCUACAUUCUAUGACACUUCCUUUUUUGUUGCGAUGACAUCCCGGCUCAUUUCUUCAUAACAAACUUAUUACAUAUCACUUGUUUUUUUUCACUAAGCACUUGCUGUCUCUUUGGUUGGAUCUUUUUAUUCCAACACAUUUUACAGUUUUGGUUUUGACAGCAUAUCAAAUUACCUUAUAAAUAAACAAUUGUUUUAACCAAACAGAUCUGUUUUGUUAAAAUGAAAAGUUUUUACUCUACUAAAUUUACAUUUUCUGGUCAGUGUUUUUCUCAGUGGAAGAAAUGCAUUAUUGAUAAUGAACAUUGUUUAUUGAAAUGUGUGAAAACUCUCCUAGCUGCUGUGGGAAUGUGUAUUCAUAUCUGUGAUCUCUGUAUGCUGACAUAGCAUCUUUGCACGAUGGCUGUAACUCAUCUUGCUGAAUGUAACUUCAGAUCAUUCCAUAAUAUUUACUACUUGUAUGCUGUUUAAAGGAGGACAUGUACGAUUCUUAAGGUAUAAAGCAAGUGCACACCCAA